AUGUCGAAAGUUCCACCGCAGUCAGCGCUGGCUUUCCACAAGGGGAGCCAGGUACAGGCGCUGGCUCAGCAUACUCCGUACCAGUCUUCUACUGCGAGCUCAGAGACAGAUGAUCAGAUAACGCCCGCCGAGUUGACACGACAGCCGUCUCGAGAUUUCGGUGAUCGACAAGAUGCUGUCCCGUCACUGAAUCAGAGGCUUCGCCAUAAUAGCAGCAUACUUUGCGUUGUGGUAAACGAAGAUACUCUCUAUGCCGGCACUCAGGGUGGCGAGAUCCUUGUCUACGCUCUUGGGACGUUCCAGCGGAAGGCCACGAUCGAAGGCCACAAAGGAAGUGUGCUCGGUCUGUUCCUCAGCCGCGAUGGGGAGUUGCUCUUCUCUAGCGCAGGAGACAGGAUUGUGAAUGUCUGGAGCACCAGCGAUCUGUCCCGGCAGUACACUCUACACUCGAGCUACGACGUUGGAGACAUCUUUUGUAUUGUUUACUCCUCUAUUCUGAGAACGGCGUACAUUGGCUCACAGAAUACGACAAUUCAAUGGUGCUCCCUCCCUCGGAAAGGCAGCAAAGCACACGCUCGUCCGCAAGCUUCGCUCAAUGGCAGCCACAGCUCGUUUUUUGACUCCCUCGAUCCUACUGGCGUGCGGACUCCGCGAGCUAAUGAUCUAGAACCAGCACCGAGGCAUGCCAGCGGAGGGGAAAGCGUCGCCAUCGGCAAAGAAAAUGUGAGACACUUUGCGCAUUUUGGGUACGUCUACUGCAUGCAGCUGGUGAAUGAUGGCAUUCCAGAGUCGGCUGGCCAAGAAGUGCUGAUCACUGGAGGUGGCGAUGGCCUGGUCAAGCUGUGGAAACUUGGCGAGGGACGGCACGGCGCACCCGAAGAGCUCUAUCAGCUCGACGAUGGUCGUGAAGAAGGUCACAGCAUACUUGCGAUUGCUGUGGACGGCACGUUCCUCUACAGCGGCCGCAGCGGUGGCGAGAUCGAUGUUUGGGACCUUGAGACUCGCCAACUUGUGCGCAACUUGAAGGCUCAUCGUGACGACGUGUUGACGCUAGCAAUCGGCGGCGGCUUCUUGUUCAGCGCUGGGGUAACGGGAUACGUUCGCAAGUUUGACAAGCAGUAUGGGCUCAAGGCAAGGUUAAAGGCCCACGAAGGUCGCGUAUUGACUUCGGCUUUCACAUAUCAUCACCGCCGACCGCUUUUCGUCACAGGUGGUAGCGACUGUACCUUGGCCAUAUGGGAUAUUAGCGACUGUGUUUCUCCGAACACAGCUGCAGCAAGGACGAGCAACGAGCAGCUUAUUGAUUGUCUACGCCGAUUUGUAAGCUAUCGCACCGUUUCGUCGGAUCCAAGGUAUAUGAUGGAGUGCCGUAAAGGUGCCUCCUAUCUCCGUUCAGUCUUCAAGAACUUCGGCGCCGCUACAGAAAUGCUUCCGACAUCUGACCCGCACAAUCCCGUAAUUCUCGCGCGCUUUCGUGGCAAUCCAGCCACUGCGGUGAAGCGCAAGAAGAUACUGUUCUACGGUCAUUACGAUGUAGUUGCUGCUGAGAAUACUGCAGGAAAGUGGCUGACCGAUCCCUUUGUGAUGGAAGGCAUAGAUGGCUAUCUGUAUGGCCGCGGCACGUCCGACAACAAGGGACCAGUUCUGGCCGCAAUCUUCGCCUGUGCCGAGCUAAUCGGCGACCAAGCGUUGGGAUCUGACAUCGUCUUCCUUAUUGAAGGUGAGGAGGAGUGCGGUAGUCGUGGCUUCGAGAAGGCGGUGAACGCAGCAAAGUCCUCGAUUGGCGAUAUCGACUGGAUCUUACUGGCCAACAGCUACUGGCUAGACGAUAGGAUCCCGUGCUUGACUUACGGGCUUCGCGGCGUUAUCCACGCCACUGUGCAAAUUGAGAGCUCACAUCCUGACCUGCAUUCCGGCGUGGACGGCAGCAGCCAGCUGGAUGAAAGUCUGAAGGAUUUGGUCAUGUUGCUCGCAACUCUCACUGGCAGGGAUGGCAAGGUCAACAUACCCGGCUUCUACGAUCCCAUUCCCGAUUUGACCGCUGGCGAGUCUGAGCUCUACCGAGACAUCACCGCUGCUCUAAUCCAGCGCAACCCGAACCUUGGCCACCCCAAUCAGCUAGCUGCAAGUCUGAUGCACCGAUGGCGGGAUCCCAGCUUGACAAUACACCGCUUUCAGACUUCCGGCCCCGACAACGCAACCAUUAUUCCACGGUUGGCAAAAGUGGCGCUAUCAAUGCGUUUGGUGCCGAACCAGGAUGCGGUCAAAGUCGCAGCCGCUCUGACACGUCACAUGCAGUCCGAGUUCGCGAGGCUCGGCUCCAAUAACAAGCUUACCAUCACCAUCGACCACCUGGCCGAACCUUGGCUUGGUGACUGGAAGAACGAGAUAUUCAAGAGUCUGGAAGAAGCCAUUAUGGAGGUCUGGGGUCCCCUCGAUGCUCGACGGCGGUGGUCUUCGCCUCUUACACCAGUGGGUGAAGAGACAGUUCCCUCUCGGAAGCCUAGUGAGAUCGAAGACCAUGCUGUCCACGAUGCUAUUACGGACACCAACGACGCCCACCACGGCAUGCAGACAGCGGUGCAGCACCCCCGCAAGCCUCUUUACAUCCGAGAGGGUGGCAGUAUCCCAGCCAUUCGCUUCCUGGAGAAGGCGUUUGGCGCUCCAGCCGCUCACUUCCCAUGUGGGCAAGCGAGCGACAGCGCACAUCUAGACAAUGAGCGUUUGAGACUAGCGAAUCUAUACAACAGCAAAGAGAUCUUCAAGAGGGUAUUUCGAGACUUGCCUUGCAAGUGA